UCGAGUGCACGUGUCAAUGAUGCCAGCAGACCGGACUGAACGUCACAUUCCUGCAUUCCCUUUUUCCUCAGUGUGGGACGUCGGAGUUACCACUGGAUAGCUAACCCUCUUCCCCCCUCGCUUUCUUUUAGAGAAACACACCCAUGACACGGCGGAUUUAAUCUCUGGAGGCGAUCCAAGGUUCGCCAGGAGUUCGCAUUUCACUUCGGGUCACUUUCCUUUCUCCCUCCCUCCCCUUCCUCCCCUUCCACCCAUCACUGCACCCGUUGCCAUGGAGAGCUCUUCGGUGGCGUCUGCGUCGUCCGAGGCUGGGAGCACACGCUCGCAGGAGAUAGAAGAGCUGGAGCGCUUUAUCGACAGCUAUGUGCUGGAAUAUCAAGUGCAAGGGCUUCUGGGAGACAAGGCAGAUGGAGACUUGGACUUGGACAGUAGCUGCAAGGUACCCCAGUGGACAGAUGACUGCAAUGAUAAGAAAGAUGGUAGCUGGACAUCAUCACAAGGACGAGGCACAUCUAAGCCAGAUGAAUGGGAACACAGCAGUAAUGGCAGCACAGGUUCCAGGCCCAGUUCAGGGUCCAGACCUGGAUCUGGCUCACGAUCUGGCAGCAGGGGGCACAACAACCAGUACAAAGGUUGUGCCAAGAAUGGCAACAGAGAGGGAUCCUUUGACAUCCUGGGGACAGACAUAUGGGCUGCUAACACAAUGGACUCACAUGGAGGUGCAGGCUGGGACGUGCAGCCAGAGAAGCUGGACUUUAGCCAUUUUCACAGAAAACACUUCAGAGGAACGCCAAAGCACCUGCCACACAUUGACAGAGAAGGGAUAAUCAAAAACAAGGUUGAAGAAGAUGACGGUAUAGACAUGAACGACAUAGAAAGGUUCCUACCACAUCUUCGCUCGGUCUUCCCACCCCUUCCUAACGAGGCUGAGAUUGCACACACCAAAAAGCUCUUCCGGCGCAGGAGGAACGACCGACGAGCAUUUGAUCAGUUCACCCGAGACCAGUUAACCGUACUUCUGCCUACUGGCCCAGGGGGAAAGCGUCAAGUCUGCGCCAGGAGACAGCAGCGGCCUCACGGCGGCGGAGGUGGCGGAGGAGGGAAGAACCAGCCUCAGUCACCGCAGCAGCAGAGGGAUCAAAACCAGCAGCAGUCCCCAAACCAGCAACAGCAGAGUUCAGCAGAACAGGGAGAUAACAGAAACACUUGCGCCGGUCGGCCCCCACGCCAGUAUCAAGGAGGACAUGGGCAGCGCCAAGGAGGGCCCUUACAUCACGGAUACAGCCAGAACCGGCGUUGGCACAACAAUCAGAAAGGUCAGGGGCAUGGACAGACAAACACUACGGGUGAUAAAGGAGUACCCCCAAGAACAACCAAAGACAAAGAGACUGAGAAUGUAAAACUGGGUGACGAGCACAUGAGACCUCUUCUAGACUGCAGCAGCAAGAGUCUCAGUGAGUCACCCAAAUCUGACUUGACGGCAAACACGACCGCUUUCGCCGAUCUGACGGCUUACAAGGAACUUCCCAACACACCGCAAAGUGGAAAGGCAAGCGAGGGCCAGUCGGAGCAGCCCAAAAUCUGCCUUCUGCAGUCGUCAAAGGAGAGGCUGAGGAGGAGACUAAAGGACAAGGAGGAAGCAUGCGUGCAGCAGUCGGGCCCCGGAUCACGGAAUAUGGACCGGCUAGUGGCGCUUCUCAACAGCAUGAGGAGCAACAGCAGUGGAGUAGAGCAACAGCUGGCGUCCUUCAUGGAGGAGGCGCAGUCCUCAGCCCGUUCGGAGGAAACCCUCGCUCAGGUGGUCGGCGCGAUCUACUCAAAGGCCGUGUCGGACAGGAGCUUCGCGGCAACAGCUGCGAGGCUCUGCGACAAGAUGGCGCUGUUCAUGGUGGAGGGGACCAAGUUUAGAUCGCUGCUGCUCAACAUGCUGCAGAGGGAUUUUUCCCGUCGCGAGGAGCUCCAGCAGUCAGAUGUGGAGCGGUGGUUGGGUUUCAUCACCUUCUUGUGCGAAGUGUUUGGUACCAUGAGGAGCUCCGGCGAGCCAUUCAGGGUGCUGGUGUGUCCCAUCUACACUUGUCUACGAGAGCUGCUAGAGUCAACGGAUGUUAAGGAAGACGCAGUCCUCUGCUGCUCCAUGGAGCUGCAGAGCACAGGCCGACUGCUGGAAGAGCAGCUCCCCGAGAUGAUGACAGAGCUCUUAGCAGCUGUCAGAGACAAGAUGCUUUGUCCCGCCGAAUCUCCGCUGACUCGCUCUCUGCUCAUGGAGGUCAUCGAACUGCAUGCGCACCGUUGGAGCCCCCUGGAGGCUCUCACUACCCAGUACUACAACCGUACCAUCCAAAAGCUCACCACCACUGCCUAGGUGCCAGCUCCCACAGGAGAAGAGGAGAUGUGUCCUCCUCACCCCAACACAACAGAUGUUUUCUGGUUAUGCAUUGUAAUAAUCUCUGUUGCCUAAAGAAGUAAAUGUCGCUAUUGAGCUUAA